ACAAUCUCCCUUGGCCAGGCACCGAAUCAAGGCAGAGACCCUGAACCCAAUUGUUGAUGUAUGUUACAACUACUCAAAACACGAAACCCCCAAGUCACCCUUCCCGCGCAGUGGAAUUUUCUAUCAAGGGCCUCUGUCGCAUGACCGAGACAGUGGCGAGCCAUCAGUUGAAAUUAAAAGUUCCCGUCGUGAACCUCUGUCAACCAAUCCACGACAAAAUGAAAAUCCAACACAGACCCACAACAUAUAGCAAGUGAGAAUCGCUAAAUCGGUCGAACGUAUUCAAUAGUUCGAGGUUAUUCCCCAACCACAAAGCCGCAAGCCUCCUGGCCACCGCAAACCACCAGGGCCCGACUUCUCACGGAAAUCAGAAGAAGCAAGAAGGACGAGUGUACGACGAUUCAACGGACCACUUCGCCGCUGCUCUAGUGCUCUCGGCUCUCGCCUCUGGAGUGAAGCCGUGAAAAAUGGAAGGAGGAUGAAGGAUUGGGUGUUGACCUCUGCGGCUCCGCCACCAACGCCAGCGCAAGCUGCCAGGCCGCCACUGCCCCACCGCAACUCCGCGACCCGCCUCCCUUCCGGUGCCAAAAAGCUGCAGAUAAUUUUGGGUUUGUCUCCCCUGCGUUGCUUCUGGAAGGUGUAUUCUCAUUGCUCGUUAGCAAAAGAAAUGCUAUAUGUAGGAAUAGAGGCUACCUCUCUUUUGCACAGCAAUCGAGGUCAGCCCCUAUUUUGCACAAGAAUCUAGGAGGCAAGAGACAGCUUUUAUACCCCCCAUAACAUCACUUAUCAGUUCUUAGCAGCACUGCUGGUAGGCUAUAGUUUUGUUCCCGAUUCCUAUUAUCCCCGGAACUAUAUAAUAUGAUCAAGAGUGUCGGAGUUCCAUCGAAUUCGGCUAUUUGGGUCACAUCUCCCCACCGCGCGAUCCAUUUCUUCCAUGUAUCUAUAUUUUGCAGUCUCAUUCCUCACAAAAACAAAUCCUACGACGCAGUUGCCUUCUCUAACAUCCGCUGCACUUCUGUUGUGUCUGAACCCCGCCACAAUUCCAGCCUAGUUAAAUCUGAGGAACCCGCUGAUGACGAAUAUGAGGAGAAAGUUGUUAGAAAUGGUUCUUAUUAUACAGACAUUGCUUCAAAGAUAGAAGACUUGAGUACAAAUGGAUUACCUCUUCAAGCCGAAAGAAUUGCAUUUAGUAUGAGAUCUGAAGGCUAUCUACCCGAUGUUGCAACCCUAUCUGCCUUGAUGUUAUGCUAUGCCAGCAACGGUCUAGUAAGUAAAUCGCUUGCAGUUUGGGAUGAAAUAGUAAACAGUUCUUUUGUGAUGGAUGUUCAAGUAGUUACAAAACUAAUUGAUGUCUACGGACGUAUGGGACGUUUUGAUAUUGUUGUAAGAAUUCUUCGUCAAAUAAAAAUAAAAGACCCUACCAAGCUUUCACAUGUUUAUCCAUUGGUUAUAUCUUGUUUUGGAAAAAGAGGUCAACUUCAACAGAUGGAGGUUAUGCUAAAGGAGAUGGUUUCCAUGGGGUACUCUAUAGAUUCUGCAAUGGGAAAUGCCUAUGUCAUAUACUAUAGCCGGUUUGGCUCACUUUCCGAGAUGGAAUGUGCCUAUGGGCGCCUCAAGAGUACGAGACUUCUCAUAGAGGAAGAAGCAAUUAGGUCAAUCUGUAGUGCUUAUAUCAAAGAGGAGAAAUUUUACCAACUAGGGGAGUUCAUCAGGGAUGUGGGCCUUGAUAGGAGGAAUGUAGGGAAUCUUCUUUGGAAUGUUUUGUUAUUAUCGUAUGCUGCCUGCUUCAAAAUGAAAAGCUUGCAGAGAGAAUUUGUGAGAAUGACUGAAAGUGGAUUUCGUCCUGAUCUUACUACGUUCAACAUUAGGUUAUCCGCUUUCUCAAAAAUGUCCUUAUUCUGGGAUCUUCAUGUGAGCAUUGACCAUAUGAAGCACGAAAAUGUGGUUCCUGAUAUUGUUACUUAUGGAUCCAUCAUCGAUGCUUACCUGGAGAGAAGACUAGGAAGGAAUUUGGAUUUUUCUUUGGGCAAAAUGAAUGUGAAUGAUCAUGUUUCUGUGCUAACAGAUGCACUCAUGUUUGAGGCUUUAGGGAAAGGGGAUUUCCAUUUAAGUUCAGAGGCUUUCAUGGAGUACAGCAGUAAAAGGUGGACUUAUAAACAGCUUAUAAGAACUUACCUGAGGAAAAUGUCCCGACAUGAUCAAAUAUUUUGGAAUUACUAACAAUGAAAAAAGCACAGUUUAUCAAGUUUCUUCUUGAGAAUCAGCCUCACAUGUUUAGUGGUCAAAAUUUUCGAAACAAACUGCUUCUGCUAUCAAUAUGGAGGUUAUCUUGUGCAAGACAGUGUCAUUCACCAGAUAAAUUUUCCACGGUGCAGGUACUAGAAACGCUGUCAACCCUAUCAUGUGUUUGAUGGACUGAGAAAUUCUGGUAUAAUAAUGAAGAACCAAAUCUCAUGAAUAUAUACACACUUACACGCACGAAUGAGGAAAAGCAUGUCUAGCUAACCUUCCUAAUUCCUAUAUUUGAGUGUAGCUGUGUGGUAACAUUUCCACUAUGCAUGUGAGUUACAAAAUAAUAUGUACAAACAAUAAGAAGAUAGAAAAAAUCUUAAAUAAAUAUUAUGUUCUAAUA